GCCCGGCCCGGCCCAUCGUUGGGGCGGCCGCUCUGCGCUCGGCUCCUCCGCCCUGCCUCUCGGCCCUGGAUUAGCGAAACUGGCGACGUGGGACGGCCGCCGGCCCGGCCCCCGCGCCCCGCCGCGCCCGCCGGGGUGAAGCCGGGACCCGCAGCCCAGCGGAGCGCAGCCCGGGCAGCCGGCCGCCGCAGCGUCCCCGCCGGCGGGACUCUCAGCCGGGAGGCGAGCAGCGGCGCUCUCCUGCCGCAGCCCCGGUGGCGGCGGCACCGCGGCGGCGGGGAGCCUCCCCUUCUCCCGGGCGGGUAGUCGGUCGGUCGGCCGGCGGGGCCAUGGCGCUGCGGGCUCGGGCGCUGUACGACUUCAGGUCGGAGAACCCGGGGGAGAUCUCCCUGCGGGAGCACGAGGUGCUGAGCCUCUGCAGCGAGCAGGACAUCGAGGGCUGGCUGGAGGGCGUCAACAGCCGCGGCGACCGCGGCCUCUUCCCGGCCUCCUACGUGCAGGUGAUCCGCGCCCCCGCCGCCGAGCCGCCGCCGCCCGCCCGCUACGCCAACCUCCCGGCCGGCGGCUUCGAGCCACUGCCGACCCCCGCCGCCUUCAAGCCGGCGACGCAGCAGCCCCCGCCUCCGGCGGCAGAGGCCUUCCCGCUGCCCCCCGCCGCCGGCGGGUACCCAUUCCCGCCGGCGCCCUACGGCGGCCCCUACCAGCCCAGCCAGGGCAGCGAUGACGACUGGGACGAUGACUGGGACGACAGCUCCACCGUGGCCGACGAGCCGGGCGCCCUGGGCAGCUCCUACCCCGACUGUGAGGCGGCGGGCGGCGGGUCCUCCGGCCGCUACCGACUGUCAACCCGGUCUGAGCUCUCCCUGGGCUCCCGCGGUGGCGGCGGGCACCCGGCGGGACACCCGCACCCACCCGGAGGCGGCGGCGGUGCCAAGAGCUCGGCCACGGUGAGCCGCAACCUCAACCGCUUCUCCACCUUUGUCAAGUCAGGCGGGGAGGCCUUCGUGCUGGGCGAGGCAUCGGGCUUCGUGAAGGACGGGGACAAGCUGUGCGUGGUGCUGGGCCCCCGGGGCCCUGAGUGGCAGGAGAACCCCUACCCCUUCCAGUGCUCCAUCGAGGACCCCACCAAGCAGACCAAGUUCAAGGGGAUGAAGAGCUACAUCGCCUACAAGCUGGUGCCCAGCCACACCGGGCAGCAGGUGCACCGCCGCUACAAGCACUUUGACUGGCUCUACGGGCGGCUGGCUGAGAAGUUCCCCGUCAUCUCCGUGCCCCACUUGCCAGAGAAGCAGGCCACCGGCCGCUUCGAGGAGGACUUCAUCUCCAAACGUCGCAAAGGCCUGGCCUGGUGGAUGGACCACAUGUGCAGCCACCCCGUGCUGGCUCAGUGCGAUGCCUUCCAGCACUUCCUCACCUGUCCCAGCACAGACGAGAAGGCCUGGAAACAAGGCAAGCGCAAGGCUGAGAAGGACGAGAUGGUGGGUGCCAACUUUUUCCUGACUAUCAGUGUCCCCACAGGCCCUGGGGCCAGCCUGGACUUGCAGGAGGUGGAAAGCCAGGUGGAUGGCUUCAAAGCCUUCACAAAGAAGAUGGACGAGAGCGCCCUGCAGCUUAAUCACACCGCCAACGAGUUUGCCCGCAAACAAGUCACUGGUUUCAAGAAGGAAUACCAGAAGGUGGGGCACUCCUUUAAGUGUCUCAGUCAGGCGUUUGAGCUGGACCAGCAGGCCUUUUCAGCUGGCCUCAACCAAGCCAUAGCCUUUACUGCAGAAGCCUAUGACACCAUCGGGGACCUCUUUGCAGAUCAGCCCCGGCAGGACCUAGACCCUGUGAUGGAUUUGUUAGCGCUGUAUCAAGGGCAUUUGGCUAACUUUCCAGAUAUCAUCCAUGUCCAGAAAGGAGCCCUUACCAAAGUAAAGGAGAGUAAGCGGCAUGUGGAAGAGGGGAAGAUGGAGCUCCAAAAAGCUGAGGGCAUUCAAGAACGCUGUAACAUUAUUUCUUUUGCAACCCUAGCAGAAAUUAAUCAUUUCCACAAAAUUCGUGUGAGGGACUUUAAAUCACAGAUGCAGCAUUUCUUGCAACAGCAAAUACUCUUUUUUCAAAAAGUGACACAAAAGCUAGAAGAAGCUCUUCACAAGUAUGACAGUGUUUAAUCUCUGAACUUCGGUUUGUGGACUUCCCUCAGCAUGAACGUGACCCAGGCAGCAGAGCAAAUGCUGCUGCUGCUGCUGAACUGUUGCCAGUGGUAGACAGUGGUACAAGGAUGGUUUUGUGUUCACCUGGAACCCCGGUUUAAUCUCCGAUUAUGUAGAAAGGAAACAGUUACAGGGCUAUGUAAUAGAAACAGUACCACGCAUUGUAACUAAGUUAUAUUGUGUAUGCCUACACUACCAUUGUAACUUUUUUGAAAUAAUGAGUAUACUAUUUGCCUUAUUGCUUUUGAAAUAUGGUAUUUUAGUGCAUACUUUGUAGACCUGAAAACCUUUUGGGUCUUUAAGGAAGUUGGCUAGGUUAAAGCCUGCUUCAGAUGCCUUUUUACUUUCCUAGAUUUGGAUUUCUUAAAUUCAAAUUAUUCUCUGUUUACAGACUCUCCUACUAGAGCAGCUAUGUCAUUCUGUGCCUUUAGACUCUAUUUUUCCUUUUCUAGUAAGUCACAUUUUUAUGAUUGAAUGAAUGAAGGGUUGAUGCCUAUGACAGGAACUGAUUAUGAAACCUCACAUUGACUGGAAAAAAUUCAGCUGCCAUAGAGUUUGCACAGCGCGUACUGUCUUACGACAAAUGUUGGCUCAAAAAGGAGAAUCUAUUCACCCUCUCCCUGAAAAUGGAGACUACUUGUUACAUGUGCUAGUAUGUUAAGCACAUACACAAAAAACACCACUCAGUUCCUUCUCCGAAAUGAGUAAUAGUGAGGGUUUUGUUAUGUGUGGUUUUUUUUAAUAUACACCAUUACUGUGAGUAGAAAUUUGAAGAGCUAGCCUAAUAAAAAUGCCAUAUAUCAAGGGGAUAUGUAUGCAAGCUAUAUGGCUGGAGCAUUUUAUUAAGUUUGAAAUUACCUGCUCAGUGUUCAGUUGCUGAUUCAGUUUAACUUCAGCCUUGCAUUUACAGUUGUUUGCGUUGAAACUCCACUGUGAUUCAUUGCUUCACUAAGUUAGAAAUUUUCAGGGAUGUUCAGUAAUGUAAAUUAUCUGAAAUAAGUCUUUGCUGAACUGACUUGGAAAACAGGUGGCAUUUUUGUUUGUAACACUCAAGAAUUAACAAUUGUCUUAAUUUUUGUAUAAAUAUUUUUGACAGGCAGGGUGCAUUUAUAUAUAUAUGUAAACACUAUCUUUUAAAGAGUUUUCUGGCUUAUUUCUCUUGAGUUAAGUCUGGAGUCAGUGUUUCUUACUUACUGGUUUCCUUCUUAUAGGUCAGUAUGAAAGGGGAUUUUUACUUAUUCUAUAUUUUUUUUCCUAAACAAAAAUAACAAAGCCUUCCAAGGAAGCAAAAUGUUUACUUUUUUGAUUUUAAUUAAAUUAAUCAAAGAUAGCUUAAACAAAUAAAGGCCUGGAAAAGGAAGUUAAGCAACAGUUACAUUUAAAUACAAAUCAUUUCUCACCUAUGCAGCAGAAACAUGUGGUUCUUCUGGUCGAUCAUGUGAUGUAGCUUAACCCCAUACCUCCAUUUUAGAGGAAUAAGUGUAAGAAUGUAGUUUUGAUUUUAAGAUUCAUCCUGAAAUGCUUGGAGAUUGCUAUUUUGUGCAAGUUGUGUUUGGCAGUGCUUCUAGUACAUACUCAAAGCAAAUAAGAUUUGUAAAAGAAAGGACAAUCAGUGAGGAAGGACUCAAUUUCCAGGCUGUUAAAAGAGUUCUGCAAACAACAAGGUUGACCAUAAAGUAAAGACCAUAGUCACAGGGCUGACGUGCCCUUUAUCUUCCUCAUGGUGUCUCGUUCCACAUUCAAAACUCACCACUUCCCCUAACAGCUCUUCCCAGCAGCACUCCAGCUUCCCAUAUGUCACUUAAUUAUGUAAGAUAGUGAUGAGCGAGGUUUGAGCUGAGUUCCAUGGCUUGUAUUUGCUUAAGCCAGAUACUGUUGUAUUAAGUAUCUUUGCAGUAAUUAGAUCAGACUACAAUCAAAUUAAUUCUUUGUGUUUAGAAAUUGAUCUUGGUCCAGUUAAAGUAUUCUAGGGGGUUAGUAUUAAUGACAUGUACAUGUCCAGGAGGAAAUUAAGCUGUGAUAUGUAUACAUACAACAUUAUCAGACAGGUACAGUUUUCCCAAAUAAACUGUCAUGGCCUUCACCUUACUUUCUUAUUUGUGAAUUUUUGGGGCAGGGGGAAGGUAGGGGUGCUAAUUGAUUAAACUUGAUGGACCAAAAAAUGCUUGAAUGGAAUCCUGGAUCUGAAUUGUUGCAGAGUCUGGAAAGGUUCAAAUCUGCAUACAUACUAGCAUCAUCCAUUUUACUCAGUCGUUAUAGAGUUCUAGUUAAACUGAUGUAGGGAGCGUGAACUCCAUUAAUGCUUACUACACUGUGUGAGAACUAUGGUUUUAAAUUUAUUUGGAACGAGUAUGACAUUGACCACUCAUGACUGAUGGACAACUGGAUGGUGUGGUCUGAGAUCCAAAUGUACUCUACAGUAAAGUGAAUGUAUGUUGUGUGGGACUUUAGAAGCAUCAAAGAAAAUUUAACAGAAUCAUUUUGAAUAAAUAAAUGUUGGAGGAAAGCAAAUUAGCUCUAUAGUGUAAUGUUAAAUGCCUUUGUUUUAUUCCAUUCCUGUAAUUUGUUUUUGAUGCGUAACAAUUUUUGCACUGA